AUGAGUUUCCAGAGCUUUUGCGUCGUUGGGUACGUAGACAUGCCUUUGGACAGCUUGGAUAUCAUUGUCAUCGGUGGAUCACUCCCAGGCUUAAUGCAGGCAAUGAUUCUCAAACGCCUUGGUUACAAUAUUCACGUCCUCGAACAAUAUACCACUUCAUUUCGGGAAGGACAAGCCGCCUGGCGUGAUGAUGACGGUCGAGGGUCUGGAUAGUGGCAAGAUCCGAACUCACCAUGGGCAACACAUUUUGAUGGCACGCUCUUUUUAGUUGAGAAAUACUUUCGCAUUUUUCGACCAUUGGCAGCACAAAGUACAAAUUAAUGUGCUUUACAUUGCUCAUUCCAAGAACGAUUUAUUCUGGACAAGAUUAUCUUGCAAGACGAUGAAAAAAAGUUCGUUCAUUUGCUCUUCAUUGAAGUAGGGAGGUUGUGUCAUGUGUAUGAGCAAUUUCGCAGGCCGACUGUACCACAACGCCCGUCAUCAAUCGGCGAGACAAAGCAGGAGAUGGGGUGUUCAGUUGUGAAGCCUAUUUUAAGCGAUAAUUCAAUGCAACCGAUCGUGUUUAUCUUUAAGUUGGUCUGGAUUCACCUACUUGAGUUUAGUAUUUCCCCACAAUCAAUGUAUAAUAAUUAUAUACCAACAAAAAGUGUAGACUUCUUAGAAUUUCUUACCGAUUUACUCACUGAAUGUCGAGUCAUAAUCCAGAAAUCUAAAGAUUGACGUUUCCAAUACGCCGCUACUCCGUAAAAAUGUGUCUACUCUUACUGUACUUUGAAGAUAUCCGGAUGGUACUAGUGAAAUGCGGAAGAUGAUCGGCCCAAGUUAUUGAAACAUACCG